UACCAUUUUGGGGUAGAAAUGUCAUUUCAUUUCUAUUUUCAUGGAUGGGAAGUCUAACACUCCGACAUCUUCUCAGGAAUUUCUCCGGCAGGUCCAAGCUGCCCUCAAGCGCAAUCGCCCUCUCGGUACAACAACUCAAUCAAAUGGUAUGAGGCCAAAGCGCUCCAUGGUUGCUCAACGAAAGCUCAUCAACGACGUGGUGGAAUCUCAAAAUGUAGGUGCACACAAGAAGGUCCACUUUUCAAUUGCAACCAACAAUGCUUCCCAGGAUUUUAACUGUUUCGGUCAAACAUGCUUACAUUCGCUUACUAUAAGAGAUUUGGCCACUGAGUUGGAGAACUUAUCAUCUCAUAUUGAUUCACUUGCAUUGACAGAAACGGAGUCGUGGGCAAGCAGCCUACCUGAAGCAUCGGUUGGAUUCAAUCAAGACUCGAAGCACCAAAAUAUUCAGCAGGCAGAGUCUGAAAUAAGUUUGGUUUCUGAGGGAGGCAGAAGUUCUCUGUUGCCAAAGAGAACAAUAGUUACUCAGGAUCAUCUGCAGCAAUUCACAAACUUUUUAAGCCAACCAGCUACGCAAUCUUUGGUAGUGGGACCCUCAUAUGCUACCACUACGUCAGUCCAUUCAACUUCAGCUCCCAUGCUGAAUUCUAUAACUCGUUCCAAUGUUGAUAGUGGCUCACAUGUGGCUGCAGAACCUUGUGGGAACCUUACUGUUAAUCCUCAUCCUAUGACUAAAGGGGUUAAUAAAUCACCAAAUAAUUCCCGAAAAGACACCAAUAGAAUGUCAAUUGAUCAGGCUGCAAGUACAGUCCAAGUUUGUAAUACUCUUAUUGAUGCAGAGUUGACAUUCAAAGAGAGUGAACCAUCUAAGGAGCAGCAAGGAUGCAUAUUAAAGGAAACUAGCAUUUUGAAAUAUACUUCUUGUCAUGAUGACAUGUUAACUAAAGGGAAAGAGUCUGCGGUUGUUACCAACAUAAAGCCUCAGGCUCCAACCUCAUCUUCGGAUGUCAAGUUGGAGUCUUCUAGGCUAGAAAAAUUGGAGAAAGCUACAAGUUCUAAACGAUCAUUAGGUGCUCGGAAAAGGAGCUAUGACCCUGACUUGUUUUUUAAAGUCAAUGGCAAGCUUUAUCAGAGGCUUGGCAAGAUAGGUAGUGGUGGAAGCAGUGAGGUACACAAAGUGAUAUCAUCAGACUGUACAAUCUAUGCCCUUAAAAAGAUAAAGCUAAAGGGCCGUGAUUAUGCCACUGCGUAUGGUUUUUGUCAAGAGAUUGAGUAUCUAAAUAGUCUGAAAGGAAAGAAUAAUAUUAUACAGCUUAUAGAUUACGAGGUGACUAACAAGGCUUUGCAUGAGGGAGUCAUGAAUGGUUCCUUCAGUAAUAAGGAUGGUAGAGUCAAGGAUGAUGAAUAUAUAUACAUGGUUCUUGAACAUGGGGAAAUUGAUUUGGCGCAUAUGUUGUCUCAGAAGUGGAAGGAACUGGAUGGAUGCAACCAGACCAUAGAUGAGAACUGGCUUCGAUUUUAUUGGCAGCAAAUUCUUCAAGCUGUCAACACAAUUCAUGAAGAACGUAUCGUGCAUUCUGACUUGAAGCCAGCUAACUUCCUCCUCGUCAAAGGUUCCCUAAAACUGAUUGAUUUUGGUAUAGCCAAGGCAAUAAUGAGCGAUACAACAAACAUCGAACGGGAUUCACAGGCUGGUACUCUAAGUUACAUGUCACCUGAGGCAUUUAUGUGCAAUGAGAGUGAUGCGAAUGGAAACAUCAUAAAGUGUGGUCGGUCAUCAGAUAUCUGGUCCCUGGGCUGUAUCCUUUAUCAAAUGGUGUAUGGGAGAACACCUUUUUCAGAUUACAAGACAUUUUGGGCCAAAUUCAAAGUUAUAACUGAUCCAAAUCAUGAAAUUACGUAUGAACCAGUUUCAAACCCAUGGCUUCUGGAUCUCAUGAAAAGGUGUCUAGCAUGGGAUCGCAAUGAAAGGUGGAGAAUUCCUCAGCUACUCCACCAUCCUUUUCUUGUCCCUCCAGUUCCAUGUCAUCCAUCUUUUUCCCAAGACCAUACCUUUAAAUUGCUACAAUUUAUUGCUAAAACUUGUACCAAUGACCCAGACGCAUCGCUGCUGUGCUGUCAGCUUCAACAGGUGCUUUGUGAUCCCUUCAAGUUAAUAACUCCUGACUCAUUAAAUUCAGCAGACGAACAGCGUAAAUUGCUUUCCAGAAUAUCAGAACUCUGCGUUCAGCUGCAGGAACGAUUGACUAAUAGUGAUGAAGGAAGCCAGUGAAUUUUUAUUGGUGGUUAUUCCAAUUUUCAGUGG